AUGUCGUCCCCGCGAGACGCGAAUAAUCCUCUGAGGAAUACAAACGUCCACUAUCAGAGACCGAAUAAUAAUAAUAGUAAUGCGAACAACCCGACGACGACGACGACAUCGACGAGUGGAGACGACAACAACACGACAAAAUCUCCUUCUUCUUCUUCGUACGGGGGGUUGUUGAAAAACGCCACCGUUUCUCACGUGGACAAAGACGGGCGCAAACGGGCGAUGCCUGUCGUCGUCGCACCCGUCAGCGCGGGGACCCACGCGUCCUCUUCUUCAAAGCAACAACAGAAAGUGGGCAAAGUGCAGUUAGCGCCUGGAUAUUCUCAGAUGGAUUGGAUGCGAUUAACAAAGACCAAAAACAACAACUUGAACGGUUUGGGAGGAGGGAAGAAAAUAAAUGUCUCGAAAAGAGUGAUUACUUUAGAAGAAAUCGCACAACACAACACCGAAGAAGACGCUUGGAUUGGAUUUCGGGGGAAAGUGUACAAUUUAACGCCGUAUAUUCACUUCCACCCGGGCGGGGCGAAGAUUUUAUUGCAAGCGUUUGGGACCGACUGCACCGCGUUGUUCGAUAAGUUUCACAAAUACGUCAACGGAGAGUUUAUGAUGCGGGAAUGUCAAGUCGGCGUGAUGCCAGGAUUUGUACAUCAGGACGAGGACGAGGAGGACGAGGAGGACUUUUAG